AUGACGGCACACCGUGAACUACGAAUCUUGCAGUAUAACGUUCAUAAGUCAAGAGAUGUCGUCUUAGCCAGCCUGUUCAGUGACGAGAAGGUUCUGGAAUACGAUAUUCUAGCAAUUCAAGAACCCUGGCGAAACCCGUUUACCGCUACGACUUACCACCCCUUGAAAACGCAUUACCAGCUGACUUACUGUGACGACGCCGAAACUAGAGUAUGCUUCUACAUCAAUAAACGGAUCGACCCGAGCACCUGGAACGUGCAACACGUUUCCAAGGACAUCACCUCUCUGGAGAUGACCAGCCCAGGCUCAAACAGCAAGAUCUGCGUCUUCAAUGUCUAUAACGAGGUCGGAACUAGAACUAUCUCCGACCUAGAAGAAGCUAUUGCCAAGGUAGAUUCUCACGAGAGACUCCUCGUACUCGGGGAUUUCAACCUACACUAUCCACUCUGGUCAACAACACAUCGGUACAAUAAUAACGGGAUUUCGGCCGCUCAGUCUCUACUCACAAUUAUAGAGGUGUCCGAACUACAGCUACUCACAGUCCCUGGCACUGCAACACAUAGGUGGAAUGAGGGUGAAUCAACAAUCGACUUAACCUUUGGCUCAGAUGAUGUGGCGUCACGGCUGAUCCACUGCAGAAUCGACACAAACCUAGACCAUGACUCUGACCAUCUGCCAAUCGCCGUAGCUAUUGACUGGACCCCGCGACAUGCCGACCUAUCAAGGAAACGAAUGUGGACAAAGACAGACAUACCGCGUCUCCGGCAGGUAGUUGAGCAGCAGCUGUCUCGAAUACUGUAUGCCACAGAGCUAACGGACAGGACGAGCAUUGAUGAAUACGUGGACUCGAUUAUCAGGGCCAUUAAUGCAGGUAUAGAGGUAGCAACGCCAUGGUCCAACCAUCACCGCGCUCUGUCUCAGGAUUCAAUCAAGAGUGCAAGGACAUAUGCACAGAGGUCCAACAGCUGCGCCGAAGAUGGCAACGAACAAGGCAAGAGGAUGAUUAUGAGGCCUACCGAGAGGCGCGCAACAGGAAGGGUCAAGAUGCAUCGGCAUCACAACCCAGGCCUUUGGAACCUUUUCAAAUGGGCCAAGAACAGGCACACUAUAUCAUCCGCCUGCACGCCGGCACUAUUAAAACCAGACGGAGAGCUCGCCCACCAGCCAGACGAGAAGGCAGAGAUCCUACGCCAAUCCUUCUUCCCGCCUCCACUCAACGCCGAUCUCUCCGACAUCGAAGGAUACCAAUACCCUCCACCAAUCGAGUGCCCAGACAUCACUAUACCGGAGAUUGAGAAAGCAGUACGCAGGGCAGCUCCGAACAAAGCCCCAGGCGUUGACGGCAUCACUAACGGCGUCCUACAACUGACGCUCAAUAUACUCCUCCCAAGCCUCUGCAAGCUCUUUAACGCAUGUCUUCAGCAGGGCUAUUGCCCCACACACUUCAAAGAGACAAUCACAGUAGUGCUCCGGAAACAGGGCAAGGACGACUAUACGCAACCCAAGUCAUAUAGGCCAAUUGCUCUCCUUAACACGCUAGGGAAGGUACUAGAAGCCAUAAUCGCCAGCCGGCUAGCCUACCUUGCCGACGUUCACAACCUCCUCCCAAGCCGUCACACCGGGGGGAGGAAACUCGCAUCGACUGAACACGCUAUGCACUUUCUCCCCCAGCGGAUACAUAAAGCAUGGACCGACAGCCAAGUGGCUUCGCUACUUCUACUUGAUGUGUCGGGAGCAUACGACAAUGUCUCUCGGGAACGGCUAUUACACAACCUCCAGAAGCGUCGGGUCAACCAGACACUCGAAUACACGGCACCCUCUGCACCUAUCCAAACAGGAAUCCCACAAAGAUCGCCUGUCUCGCCGAUCCUCUACCUGUUCUACAACGCGGACCUCAUUGAGAUAUGCAAGAUGCAGGACACGGAGGCAGUGGGAUAUAUUGAUGACGCCUCUAUCCUAGCUGUGGGCGCGACAGCACAACACAAUUGCAAGACCCUCAAGGGUAUCCACCGGAAAGCCGAGGAAUGGGCAUUGCGGCAUGGCUCCCAAUUUGCGCCGGCGAAGUACGAGCUCGUACACUUUACCAGAGACCCCAAAGCGAAUAGCACGCACGCUCUCCGCCUACCACAUGCCACGAUCCAGGCCUCCCCAUCAUGCCGAUACUUAGGCAUUCAAAUGGACACCAAGCUCCGCUGGGACUACCACCGCGAGAAAGUAGAAGCAAAAGCUACAGGACGACUAUCCGCCCUGUCAGCCCUAGCAUCUUCAUCGUGGGGUACCGGAACAAUCAACCUCCGGCAUGUAUAUAGAGCGAUGGUUGUACCCCAGAUGCUCUAUGGCUGUUCUGCAUGGCACAUCCCUGGGAGUGGCCGAGCAGGCAGAGGCAGUUCCAUAGUAGCUGCUAUCGCAAAAAUACAGAAACGGGCAGCACAGAUUAUCACCGGAGCUUUCCGGACAACUGCUGGAGCUGCCGUCGAUGUGGAGGCACAUCUGCUCCCAGCACCACAGCAACUCGAGCAAACAGCCCUGGAAGCCACAAUACGUAUCAGGUCUACGCCCUCUCACAAAGACAUGGCCUCACCGGCGGACAACAACAGAGUUCCGAGGAGGACCCCCCGGAGAAGUAGCGCGCAGAGUCCCCUCGAUCAAUUUUCGAGUAUCCUGGAACGCAAGUACAAUGUGCAACUCGACCGAAUCGAGAAACGCCAACAACACGUUGUGCCGCCAUGGUGGAUUCCACCGUCCGUCUUUAUUGCCGAAUCCGCCGAAGCAGCAAUCAAACAACACGAUACCGCAGAGCCAGGAACGAUAUGUAUCUAUACCGAUGGAAGCGGGAUUAAUGGUCAUGUCGGCGCAGCUGCAUUAGCACCGGCGCUACAGAUCAGCCGCAUCUGCACUAGACGGACGGAAUACAUGGGCACAGCAACCGCCUCCACAGUAUACGCAGCAGAGCUAAAAGGACUAGCAUUAGCACUGCAGAUGACACUCGACAUACAUGCAACAGUUAUCACCCCUAGCAAAUGCGCCAUCUUCACCGACAACCAGGCCGCUAUUCAAGCAAUACAGAAUCCCAAGUGUCCAUCCGGGCAAUACAUCCUUAUUGAGGCCAUACAAUUACUCAACGAGCUCCGGAGUCUAGGAUGGGAGGUUGAAUUUCGAUGGGUCCUAGCACAUGUCGGAGUGCCAGGCAACGAAGCGGCGGACCAAGCAGCAAAGGAAGCCGCUGGCUAUAACCCGGAUUCUCGAACACAUGCUGAACCGCCGCCAGAGCCAGACUCUUUACGGAUCUUGACGGCAACAACGAAACCCACCGUCCGUCAAACCAUGAGAGACGAAUGGGAGUUGUCCUGGGAAACGGCCAAGCAUGGCAGAGAGCUCUUCAAACUUGGACUCGACAACGGCAGUACAAGCAGCAAAGAUGACCCUCCGGACAAGGCUCCUUGA